AUGCUCACAUCGGCCCAGACGAAGCCUGUCUUAUUGAACGGCCAUCCUUGUAUAUUGCUCGCCGCAUCUUCACUCAACCACCACGAUCAACGGCGGCCCACUCAUGCUUCAGCUGCAUCUCUAAAACAACGGAUCCCACCGAACUCAUGGGAUAGCCACAUGCAUGUCGUCGAGCCACAGCGGUUUCCAGUCUCGCCAGCCGCUGUGUAUCAGCCCUCGGCGCACACGCUGGUGGACGCCCUGGCAUUUGAGUCCGCUCUGGGGAUCCAGAAUGUGGUCCUGGUGCAACCGUCAAUUUACGGGUUCGACAAUUCCUGUCUCCUGGAUGCACUCAUGAAAAUCGGCCCUGAGCGCGGCCGUGGCAUCGUGGUGGUUGACCCAACUACUGUCCCGGCAGAGACACUGGACGAGUGGCACGUCCUAGGCGUGCGCGGACUGCGAGUCAAUCUCCAGUCCAUCGGAAGAGUGAUGGACAAGAUGGAGCUGGAGAGGACGUUAAUCCAGCAUGCUGAUAUUGCUCGGCCACGGAACUGGAUUGUCGAGGUGUACCUCCCACUGUACAUGGUUCCGCUUCUAGAACCGAUUGUGCCUCACCUCGGUAUUCGCAUCUGCAUCGAUCACUUUGGUAGCCCAGAGCUGUCUUCGGUAGUGCAGUACCAAAAUAGCACACCCUUUGACCCAUACGCCCUACAUGGUUUCCUGUCUUUGAUGUCUCUGCUCCGUGGAGGCCACACAUAUAUCAAAGUGUCUGCGCCGUACCGGCUCAGCAAAGACCAACACCUACGCGAUCUGCUGGCAAUGGCACGAGAAUUCUUGCAUGUGACCCCUAGCCGUGUCAUCUAUGCAACAGAUUGGCCACAUACACGCUUUACUGGGGUUGACAUCGGACCCUUCACGGAGCGCUGCCUGCAGUUAUGCGCCGGCAGGCCAGGGUUGGCAGAGAGGCUUUUUCGCAGGAACACAGAAGAGAUGCUUGGUAUGGUCGCUGUAUGA